AUGGAAGACCGUGCCGCUCCCAUCGCCCAUGCAGCGCUGCAGUUGCCUAUCCUGCCUCUCGACGAUCGAGUGCUUUUCCCGCGUACCUACCUCCGCCUCUCGAUCACGUCGACAUCUGCGCUGCAGCUGUUUGAGGAUCUAGUGUCGGAGGCUCGCGCUUCUAAGCGAUCGCGACGUACACAAAGCGCGUCGACGCCGUCUCCGUUGCUCACGAUUGCGAUCUUUGCCCGUCGCAGGACAAGAGAAGAUGCACGAGACGAGCAGCAAUGUGAGGCGGAGACUCUGAAGGACGCGGUGUACAGCGUCGGGACGUUGGCGCGCGUCGUGCAGCUCGCGCGCCUAGUGGGCGGUCUUCCAGGGCUCUCGGUCUUGGUGCAAGGGCUACACAGAGUGCACCUACAGGACGUGUGUCAGACGAGGCCUUACCUUGCGGGUGCAGUGCAGUCAUUGGUGGCUCCGGUGGAUGGAGAGGGGUCACCGACGGACGAGACAGAGCUCGAGGUGGGACAAGUAGCACUCAAGCUGAAGCAGCUGACACGAGUGUAUCUGCAGGCGGCUUCGAGUGCGCUCUCAUUGCGGUGCAGAAACACUCUUGUGGAUGCCAUUGAAAACUCUCCAGUGGAUGAGCUGGCAGACGUGGUCGUGUCGUACUUGAAUGUAGACGUUGAGGAGAAGCAAGUGGUGCUGGAGACAGUGCCUGCUGUUCUUCGUUGUAAACGGGCAGUGGCUUUGCUGGAGCAGGAGACGGAGAAGGCGAGACUGCAACGCAAGAUUCAGAGCGAAGUGCGGAACAAACUUGAGGGUACCCGCAAAGAGUACUUGCUGCGACAACAGCUUGAAGCUAUAAAGAAAGAACUGGGGGAAGAGGGAGACGAUGGAGCUGAAGGCGACAAUGUCGGUGAAAUCAAGAUGCUGGAAGACCGAUUGAAUGCAUUGGACCUGGAGCCAAAGGCUGCUAAGGUCGCACGGCGUGAGCUGCGACGACUGAAAGGGAUGACUGCGAUGCAGCCGGAGUACGGCAUUCUGCAUAACUAUCUGGAGUUCUUUCUGGAGCUGCCGUGGAAUACUUCUACCGCUGAUUCGUUGACGGUUGAGCGGGUGCGCAAACAGCUUGAUGCAGACCAUUAUGGCCUAGACAAGGUGAAGAAACGGAUCACCGAGUACAUUGCCGUUCGUAGUCUCAAGCGCGAUAUGCGUGGACCUAUUCUAUGUCUUGUUGGACCGCCUGGUGUUGGUAAAACAUCGCUGGGACGCUCAAUUGCUGCAGCCACGAAUCGAAAAUUUGAGCGCGUGGCGCUUGGUGGAGUUCACGACGAGUCCGAGAUCCGUGGUCACCGUAAAACGUACAUUGGCGCAAUGCCAGGAAGCAUUUUGAAUGCCCUGCGUCAUGCCGAGAGCAAUAAUCCAGUCCUGCUGCUGGAUGAGGUGGACAAGCUGGGUAAGGACUUUCGUGGAGAUCCAGCUAACGCCUUGCUCGAAGUGCUGGACCCUCAUCAAAAUGACACAUUUACUGACCACUACUUGAACGUGCCUUUCGACCUGAGUCGCACACUGUUCUUGGCCACAGCCAAUAGCUUGAACACCAUCCCAAGUCCUUUACUGGACCGCAUGGAAGUUAUUGAACUCAGCGGGUAUAGCGUAGAGCAGAAGAUGGAAAUCGCUCGCCGCUAUCUAUUGCCACAGCAAGUUGAAGCCAACGGUUUACGACCAGGUAUGGUUCAACUUUCGGAUGAAGCUUUGCACCACCUGAUUAUGCGAUACACUCGUGAGGCUGGAGUACGUGACUUGGAACGACAGAUUGGGGCAAUCUGUCGUAGCGUGGUUGUCAAGAUUGUGCGUAAGCUGGAUAAAGAUCAAGAUGAGGCGCAAAAAGCUAACGAGGAUGACGAGAGUGCUCAACUUGCGGGCGUCGACAACAUUCAUAUCGACAGGAAGAUGCUUCAUUCGAUUCUUGGGCACGAGCUGAUUUUCAACGAAGUCGCAUUGCGCUCUAGCAUUUCCGGAGUAGCAACGGGAAUGUCAUGGAGUUCUGCAGGCGGAUCUAUCCUUUUUGUUGAAGCUUCGUUUAGGCGACAUGCUUUCGCUGAGAGCAGUCCGGCGGCGUCCUCGUCAAUCGCUCCUUCUCUCCAGCUAACCGGUAAGCUUGGCGACGUUAUGAAGGAGUCGGCACAGCUUGCUCUUUCCUGGUUGCUCAUGAACGCCCAUCUGAUUGAGCUUCCGCGUGCAGAUACGAGUUCAGCAGAGUUGGCAGGACCACAAGCGCUAUGCCUGGACGAUUGUUCGAGUGUGCACGUCCACUUUCCAGAAGGAGCCAUUCCGAAGGACGGCCCAUCUGCUGGUGGUGCUAUCGUCUGCGCACUAUUAUCAGCGAUUUCGGAUAUUCCGGUUCCUGUCGACAUGGCUAUGACAGGCGAAAUUACUUUACGUGGCGUGAUUCUUCCAGUCGGUGGUAUCCGGGAAAAGGUUUUCGCAGCAAUUCACGCUGGUAUUACGCGAGUAGUCUUACCACGAGCAAACAAGAACGAGGUUGAAGAGCUGCGUACCGAGUUCGCGGGUGUUUUUAGUGGUGAUACGCGCGGUCAAGACGAUCACACAGACCGUGUCCAGCUAUUGUUCGUAAGCGAUCUGCGCGAGCUCAUUCAGCUUGUUUUCCGACUGAAGAUUCGUGAAGACGUGCGCGUCCGACAGCUUACGAGGACCUGCUCGAGUAAAGACGUCGACUACACGUCUGACGCUGAGCUGCUUAGCAUGCUUUAG